AUGGCAGCUUCAAAGGUCGGUUCACAGGUUGUCACAACUCCAGAGCGUCCUAUCUGUCUUUCUUUGCAAAAGUUUUCUUCCGCAGUCAUACUUCGCGACAGCAACGGACCAUUGCCGUGGACACAUCUAGCUUCUCGAGGUGAGCUGUUCGCCAUUUUUGAUACCGUGCGCCAUGUCCGCAGCGAUGGGACAAUUCAAGAUGCGAAGAGGUUCAAAAUCCUGAGAGAUCCGGAUGUCCUGGAGGAUAUCGACCUUCAGAUACUCGCCAGCGAAACAAAACGAGCUAUCAAUAUGGCGAAAGAUGCCUCCGAUCACAAUCGAGACCACAAUGUUGCAGUAAUCAAAAAGGUGCCGGUUAUUGCUGUCAAGUAUCCCGUGCCGGGAGGACAGGUGAAGCGAUUCCAGAUCCGCUUUAGCGAAGAUGCAGACUUCUACGAGGCAUGUAAGCAAAUGUCAAACAGUGGCGUUCACAUGCUUGAGGCCGGCACGUUCCCUUCGACGCGCCAAGGAAUCAAUCAGCCUGUGAAACCCGUACAGACUCUGGGAACUUACCAGCAGCCUCAUUUCGCUACACGAAGUGCAACUUCGGCGGUUUCUGCGAUCGAUCCGCGCCUGACAAACUCCGUUGCUGAGCAACACAUGACGACAACGAAUCAGUCAGCACACAAGCUCCUGGACGACAGCCAUUGCAACGAACAGGCCUGGAUGGGAACGCGCAAUCCUGUAUUUCAGGCAGCUGAUGACAUCAAUAAGGUGAACAUAGAUCUGUACACCCCGAGGACAUCGACUGCGCCACCAAAAGUCGUUCAGCAUCUCAGCCAGUUGCUCCCACCUCCACGCGAACUGCCUUUCAAGCCUAAGGAAAUAUCCAAGCGGCAAGUGGAUGAAAAGACUAUCUCGUCGAGACAAAAUACCAGGACGUCGGUGGCACUAGCUCUUGCGGGCGAAACCGAUGUCAUCGUCCCCGAUUCGCAGGUAGCACCCGACAAUGAAGUAGUCUCCAAGAAGCGCAAAGCACCGGAAUUGAAGACCGCAGCAAAGACAAAUAAACCCGCCAAGAAGUCCAGACAGCCUGCGUAUCGUUGUGAUGAUUGCAAAGCACGAGGGCCUCGCUCGCGCUGUCGACACAGACCUGAUACACCGCCCCUACCUAGCAUCGAAGAGGUCUUCAGUCAAGCCGAUCCGUCUACGGCUCGAGCCAGAGCAUGGGGUAACGAGAUAGACACACAACUUCUCCUGGCCCGCUCAGCUGCAACGAAGAAACGUGCUCAGGCAAUGCAGACAGCGCCCGCAGUGGAUGACACUGAAGACACCGCCCACAUCAGGCAGCGCGUCACUCGGUCCAUGAGCAUAGCUGCUCAGGAGACCACAAAAGAAGAUGACACCAGAGCUGUGGACAAGUCUACUUCGGCAUUGCCAUAUACGCCAGCCGAUCAACUUCUGCAACAGCCGCAUAGUCCCCCGGAAGCCGCGAUAGGAAAACGCUAUCCGUCACCAUCCGCUCAUGAUCUCGGGCUGAAGUACCAGAGAGCCGAUGACGGGGUGACGUCGCAUCCUUCUGCACGUCCAGACCCCAACAAUGCAGAAGCUACGAAAGCCCACGCUGCCCACAACCGCAUCAUGUCAGCAUUUUCGCACCUGGCGGAUACACGUCAGCUCUUCGAAGGUGCAGACGAGCGGCUCGAGGCAUUCGCAGACUUGCCAAAAGCGGAGAGGGAGAAGCGCCUCGAGCAGUUCAUGCUAAAUCAGGUCCGGAACCCGGCAUUCAAGGUAUUGUGUCAAGCUAUGGAGAGUACGAUGACCGUGAGCUGGGGUGUAGGCUGGCAGGCAGUGUAA